AUGGACCAUAUUGUUUUUGAUCAUGAUUCAGAAGAAUCAACUAGUAGUGGUUGUGAAUCUGGUUGGACUUUAUACUUACAACAUUCCAUUCCACAUGAUAAUUAUAAUGUGCUACAUGAUCAAGACCAUGACGAAAAAGAUUAUGAUGACGAUGAUAAUGAUAACGAGGACGAUAAUAUGUCAAUGGUUUCGGACGCGUCUUCUGGUCCACCACAUUUUCAACCAGAACACGAGGAAGACGAAUAUUGCAACAUGAACAACAAUAAUGAUGUGUUUUGUGAUCCUACAUUGGUGUCUGGUUGUAGGAAAAGACGAAAGAUCAUUGAGCAAAAUUGUUUUCAUAGUCAUUUGGCAGCUGUUUCUAAUUUUGCAGAUGACACUGCUAGUUCUCCAUUUUUCAACUUUUACAAUAAGGAUCUAUUAGUGUGCAACAAAGAAGCUUCAAUGUUGGAUGAUGACAGUUCUGAUUAUUCACAGGGCCAUUCCACAACCUAUUUUGAGACGUCAGGAUUAUAUGUAAGGGAGACUGGCAUGGAUGUCUGGAUGCAAUAG